AUGUGGUCCAGAAGGCCGUCGCCACGGCGAUGGGGGCCAAGGCCGGUGCCGGUGGGCCGGUGGGUGUCCAGACGCCUCGGCCGCCAUUGGCGCUCGGACGGCUGGACCAAGGCCUCUGGAGAGGCGGCGGCCAAGAAGGUCACCGAGGAAGCCAAGGAGGCAGCCGAGAAAGCUGUGGACCAGGCCCAGAAGGCCAUCAGCCAGAAGGCGGAAGAGGCGGACGAAGCUGUUGCCAAGGUCCGGCCAGCGCCGACUCGCAGGACCUCAUCAUCUAAUUCAUGCACUCCCUUUUCACGCACCAGCAGCGUGGGUCGCGCUGAAGCACCGCGAUCUCAUUUUGACCUACUGAGCUGUUCGUCCGCGAUACGAAGAUGCCGCGACUGGCCGCUAUGGUAG